AUAGUAACCCGAAAAACGUGAAAGCAGACAGGAGGAAUUUUGAUUAAGUAAUUAAAAAUGGAAACAAGAGAUCAGUGGUACAAGCCAAACUUAUUAUACAACAUUCAUUACAGACCACCUAAAAAGCCAGAACCACUUGAAAAGUCAGAUCAAGCUAAAAGGCCAAGUCAACGCAAGAUGGUUGUAGAUACAAUCCGUUACAAUCCUAGUGUGUGCACAUGCGGGGAACAUGGAUGCCAGCCCCAAUAUAGGAUGGAGAGGAAAGUUCGGUGGAUAAAUGAAGAAGUUAACACUGGCUCAAAGGAACGGAAGGGCGAAGCAAAAAGUAAAGAAAGCGAAGGUAAAUGCGGUGACAAUAAUGGUGGUGACGAAGACGAUGGUUACAGAUUCAAUGGCAAAGUUGAUGGUAAGGAAAGCGAUGGUAGAUGUGAUGACAGAGUUAAAGGUGACGAAAGCUAUGGUAGAUGCGAUGGCAGAGUUAAUGGUAACGAAAGCGAUGGUAGAUGUGAUGGCAAAGGUGGUGGUAACGAAGGCGAUGGUAGAUGUAACGGCAGAGUUGAUGGCGAUGAAGGCGAUGGCAGAUGUGACGGCAUAGUUGAUGGUGACGGAAGCAAUGGUAGAGUUAAUGGCAAAGUUGAUGAUGACGAAGGUGAUGGUAAAUGGGAUGACAGACUUAGGGGUGACGAAAGCGAUGGUAGAUGCGAAGACGGAGCCGAUGGUAACGAUGGCGAUGGUAGAUACGAUAACAGAGUUGAUACUGACGGGGCCUAUUGUAAAUGCGAUGGCAGAAUUGAUGGUUACGAAGGCGAUGAUAGAUGCGAUGGAAAAAUUAAUGGUGACGAAGGUGAUGGUAAGCUUGAUAAAAGAGUCGAUUGUUACGAAGGCGAUGGUAAAUGUGAUGGUAGAAUUGAUGGUGACGAAGGCGAUGGUAGAAGUGUUGGCAGAGUCGAUGGUUACGAAAACGAUGGCAGAGUUGAUGAUAACGAAGUCGGGGGAAGAUGUCAUGGCAAAGUUGACAGCGCUGAUGGUGGUGGUAGAUGCAGUGCCAGAGUCGAUGGUGACGAAGAUGAUGGUAGAUGUCAAGGCAGAGUCGAUGGUGAAGAAAGUGAUGGUAGAUGUGAUGGCAAAGUUGAUGGUAUCGAAUGCGGUGGUAGAAUUGGUGUUGACGAUCAUGAUAGAUUUGGUGGAUGCGUUGGUGGUCAAGAAGACGAAGGCAGCUACGAUGGCAUUGAUGAUUCUGAAAGCUGUGGCGAUAAUAACGGUGCCAGGUCCGAUUCCUAUAUGUCUGGUACCAAUAGUGUUUGGAAAGAUGAUACAGAGGAAAUCGCUCCAGCGUUCGGAAUAAUGGCCAUCUAUUGCAACAGUGAACUACACAGUUGGGGAAGAGAUCAAGGCGAGGCUGAGAGGGAAUAAGUACUUGUAUGCAGCCAGCUUUGUGAUUGUUUUAUCUUUUGCAAUAAAAUCAAAUAUCAUCCUUCAA